CACACCGCUUCCGAGGCUCGUGGAGAGAGGACGGAUAAACGGCGCUGACUGAACCGGAUUUCAUACCCGGAGGAGGGAGGGACGCUACUCUGAUUUCCCUUUGUAUUCUCCUGACAACCACCUCCAUCACCACCACUCCUCUCCAUCACUUCAGUAUUGGAACCUUAUCAAGAAAACUGUCUGUCAUCUUUUUUUUUAUUUCAUCUUGCUUGAUUGGUAAGGGGAUUUUUCUGCCUCUGCGCUCCAGCGGAUAAGAAAAAAGGACAUUUUGGGUUUGUUUUAUUCUCCUCCGAGCGCACACUCCUAGCAGAACAAACUGGGGUUCCCAUCAGUGGAUGUGUUGGACAUCUGAUAGAAGAAGCAGUACUUGUUGAGAGAUCGGCUUGUAUGUAUUGGAGGGGAUUUCCUUGGAGAGACGGACAGCUGCGCACGGACUCUCUCACUUCCAAAGAUCUGUGUCGCCGUGCAGAGAAAACCCUCAACGUAAUGAGCUAAAGGCUCUGUGAUCAGAAGAGAGAAGGAGAUUACCAAUCGUACGAAGAACAACAACAACAAGGAAAAUAAAGUCCAUAUCGUGGAAGCGGGUGAUGAUUAUCCUCACCAACAGGCUCCUUCUCAGCUAAUGAACUAGGAAGAUCAUCAUUUUGUCAGCAAACACAGGAUAUCACCUCGGUGGGAGCGGCGCUCCACUGAGAGGAAGCAGGAAGUGAAGUGAACGUUGAGAUGCUGGCGAUGAAGCGGACGGGCCUCGGCUCGCUGAGGGUCUUCCUGCUGUUGGUGGGAAUCUCAGCGCUGUGUAGCGUGGCGUUAGGAACCAGGAGAGGAAACACUGCCCUGGACCACAGGGGCCACAGACACAGACAUUCAGGUCACUCGUCACUGCACACACACAGACAGAGGACAGGGAAGGAGGGGCAGGUUCUGCACCGGUCCAAACGAGGAUGGGUCUGGAACCAGUUCUUCGUCAUUGAGGAAUACACUGGGCCUGACCCGGUGCUGGUGGGCAGGCUCCACUCAGACGUAGAUUCCGGCGUUGGCAGAAUAAAGUACAUCCUGUCGGGCGAAGGUGCGGGGACGAUCUUUGUUAUCGACGACAAGACGGGAAACAUCCACGCCACGAAGACGUUGGACCGCGAGGAGCAGGCUCAGUACACGCUCACAGCGCAGGCGGUGAACCGAGACACCAACAAACCUCUGGAGCCGCCCUCAGAGUUCAUCGUGAAGGUCCAGGACAUCAACGAUAACCCUCCCGAGUUUCUACACGGGCCGUACUACGCCAGGGUGCCUGAGAUGUCCAAUGUUGGUACGUCCGUGAUGCAGGUGACGGCUACAGAUGCAGACGACCCCACCUACGGGAACAGUGCCAGGCUGGUUUACAGCAUUCUGCAAGGACAGCCGUACUUCUCUGUGGAGCCGCAGACAGGUAUAAUUCGCACGGCGCUGCCCAACAUGGACCGUGAGGCGCGUCAGGAGUACGAUGUGCUGAUCCAGGCCAAAGACAUGGGGGGUCACAUGGGGGGGCUGUCCGGCACCACGGAGGUCAAAAUCACCCUGACAGACGUCAACGACAACCCUCCAAAGUUCCCACAGAGUGUUUAUUCCAUGUCGGUGUCAGAGGACAAAGUGCCGGGGGAGGAGGUGGGCCGUCUGAAGGCCAAAGACCCCGACAUGGGGGACAACGGGAUGGUGAACUACAAACUGAUAGACGGAGACGGGAUGAACAUGUUCGAGAUGAGCACUGACUCUGAGACCAGAGAGGCUGUGAUCAAACUGAAGAAGCCCGUGGACUUUGAGACGAAGAGGUCGUACACUUUGAAGGUGGAGGGAUCCAACCCUCACAUCGAUCCUCAGUACGUCUCAUGGGGGCCGUAUAAGGACGAAGCCACAAUAAAGAUCUCAGUGGAGGAUGCUGAUGAGCCUCCUGCGUUCGUAGCUCCCAGUUACACUUUUGAGGUAGAAGAAAACGCGCCUGAAGGCACCUCGGUGGGACGAGUCCACGCAAAAGACACUGAUGUUGCCAACAAUCCCGUCAGGUACAUGAUCCCUCUGUACACAGAUAUAGAGCAGUUCUUCAGCAUAAACCCAGAAGACGGCAUGAUCACCACGAAAAGACCCCUGGACAGAGAAGCUCAGGCCUGGCAUAACAUCUCUGCGUCCGCCACAGAGAUAGGAGGACAUCACCAAGACACCAAAGUGCGUGUGAACAUCAAAGUGAAAGAUGUAAAUGACAACGCCCCGGAGUUCGCCACCAACAACGAAGUCCACAUGUGUGAAACUGUUGCGCCGGGAAAGGUUAUUGAAACAGUGAGCGCCGUGGACAAAGACUUGAUGGCUCACAGACAACACUUCACCUUCAGGCUCGCUCCGGAAGUCGCCCACAACCACAACUUCUCCGUCAAAGACAACAGAGACAGCACAGCCAGCAUCUAUGUUCUCCGUAAAGGAUUCAGCCGCGGGACCCAGGAUGUUUACUACCUUCCCAUCGAGAUAAACGACAACGGCCUGCCCUCCAUGAGAAGCACCAACACCCUGACCAUCAGAGUGUGCUCCUGUGACUCCAGAGGCACCAUCCUGUCCUGCAACGUGGAGCCGUACGUCCUCGCAGCGGGGCUGAGCACCGGUGCGCUGAUCGCUAUCCUGGCCUGCAUCGUGAUUCUGCUGGCAAUCGUUGUGUUGUUUGUUGCAUUGAGGCGUCAGAAGAAGGAGCCAUUGAUAGUGUUUGAGGAGGAGGACAUCAGGGAGAAUAUCAUCACGUACGAUGAUGAAGGAGGCGGUGAGGAAGACACGGAGGCUUUCGACAUCGCUACACUGCAGGUAUCUCAAAAAAACCCAGACGGUGCCAACGGUUUCCUGCCAAGAAAGGACAUCAAACCGGAGCUCCAGUUCCCCCUGAGGCCCGGCGGCGGCCAUACUGGACACAGCGUGGACGUUGACGACUUCAUCAAAUCGAGGAUUGCGGAAGCCGACAGCGACGCGACGGCACCGCCCUACGACUCCAUUCAGAUCUACGGAUACGAGGGCAGAGGAUCUUUGGCGGGGUCGUUGAGUUCCCUCGAGUCCGUCACGACCGAAUCUGACUUGGAUUAUGACUACUUGCAGAGUUGGGGGCCGAGAUUUAAGAAGCUGGCGGAUUUGUACGGAACCAAAGACUGCUUCAUGGACGAUGAGGAUGAAGAAGACUCUUAACAGUGGUCUUACCGAGUGGACGCCCCCUUCUGAUUUAUUGAUUCCAUGAGGAUUUGUUAACUGAGGGUUAACACUCCCCAGUACCCACUUGUUACCAACCUGAUCAGUACAUGCCAAUGUGUCAACGGACGUUCCUUUCCAUGGUCCUCCAAGACGAUUUGUUAAUGAACACGUGAAGAACGCUUGGACUACGCUACCACUUUUUCCCCAAAUGUCUCCAGUAUGUCUCUUUCCCCUUUCUCUUUCUACAGACUCGAGCAUUGCAGGGCUGGGAGAUUUGUUAUGUCACCAGUUUGUCCGUUGGAAAGUAAAUUGUUGGGGCAAAAAUGUUGCUGUGUGAUCAAAAUGAGCUGCUUUUAGCUAGCUGUUUAGUUUCUUAGAGGUUCUACACGUUUCUGGACUGGAUUGACGUAGGUCCUCGAUGGAUCCCCAGAGAGAUUUGACCUUGACACGUUUCUGAAUGGGCUGUAUUUCAAGGAAGAAAAGCGAAUUAAAAGAAAAAGUUAGCAUGGGAUCCAGCAGCUGCCUGAUGUUAUGGAAGAGAAGUGUUUAUGUGUCGGUGGGGGUGAAACAAAAUGCUUUUCCAAUGUGUUGUUGUGUGUGCAGAUUCAGCAGGUACUGUGGUUUAGAUAGCGUGACAGACUCUGGGUUGUUGAUACUCUGAAGGCGCUCACAGCAUCUUCACAGUAUGGUGGCCUUAUAAUAAAUAAACAACAACUCCAGGGGUAAACAGAACAAGAGUAUCCAUAGAGACCGCUAGCUUCAGUAGCGACACGCAGACAAAUGAACUCACGAGGACUGUCUGAGUGUCUGUGAACAUGCUACCAACUCCUUUUUUUUAUACUCCCAAAAAGACUCAACAUGGAUUUGAUUUGUGGAUGACUCCAUGUUUUUCAUUCUUCACUGCAGAGAAGAUGUGAAAAGAAAAACCUGCCCUUCUCCACACCCCCGAUUGUGUCCCCCCUUUCCCUCCCAUCAACAAUCACUUCCAAAACACAGAGUCCACCAAUGAACGAUCACUUCCUCAUUCGGAGUCCACCAAUGAUGAUCAAUCAGUAAAAACCUGUGAGCUCUAAAAAUCGCCUUAAUCUUAACGGACACUCUUGCAACGCGGUGCAUUCUCUCCGUUCUCCUUUUUGUUUUUGAAAAGUAUAUCCAGAAAGCAAACUAUUCUCCAUGAUAGGAAUGUACAGAGCGGUGUGCAGACAUGCGAUAUAUCACUUCUCCUGCACUCUUGAAACAGGAUGUGGGGGUUUCUGUCGGCACGGUACAUGUAGAGCAGGGGUGUCCAAACUUCGGCCCGGGGGCCAAAUGUGGUCCGCGGGACAUUUCGAAUCGGUCGUCAGAAAAUUCAAAAAGUAUAAUGGAGUUUGGCCCAAAACUGAAAUUUGAGCUUUCCUUGUAUUGUACUUAUUAAACAUAUCUGUAAACAUAUAUUACACAGUAGUGUUCAUAAGCUCAAUGUUGAAAUACAUUCAGUAAAUUAAAAUGGAAAACACGUUUUGAGUUGAUACGAAAAAAGCCCAAUAACUUAUAUACAUAACAAACUUGAAAUAAACCCUUGCUAUUUCCACGUAUUGUAAGAAAUCUGAGUACGGAAUAACCUGCUAACACAAUACAUGAAACCCUCUGGAGAGCUGUUUAUUUUUCUUAAAGUAGAUUAACAUAAUUUACAGACUUUUGAUUCAUUUUGCUAACUUAACUUAUGAGGCAGUAUACCUCACCUCUAGUGAUAUUUUUCUGUAUGUGGCCCUCGUUGAAGAAAGUUUGGACACCCCUGAUGUAGACGGAGUAAAUGUACCGUUGUGUUUUUUCCUAUGUUGGCGGCAACAGCUGUUGUAUCAACACGUGUUGCUAAUCAAACAUAAAGCGUGCAGCCUGGAAAAAACCCAAGGUGUGUUUCCUGAGAGGCUGAAACCAGAACAUCCUUUUUAAUCGUGCAGCUUCAAUCUCUUUUUUAAUGUUAUUAUAUUAUGAUUAUUAUUAUUGUUGUUUUUUAUUAUUAUUAUUGUUAUUAUUAUCUUAAUUUGUAUGACAAUAACUGUUCUUUCUUUGGCUGCAGCCACACAGGAACAAGUUCAUGUUUAACUCUUUGCAAAUGUGAUGUUUAUGGUUGUUUAAAAAUGUUGGUUUUUCUACAGCGAUAACCAACAUACUGCCGAAAGUGAAAGAUGAACUUCACAUGUGUGCGAACAACCUUUCAUUUCUUUUGUUCUUCAUUUUGUUUCAUUAUUUGGCGUUUCUUCGCUCUUCCUCCGCGCUCAAGAGGAGACUAGCAAUCUGUGUUUGUUGCAGUGAGAGAACGCCUCCUUCUUAUUCUCUGUCAAGUUUUAUGGUACCGAUUUGUACAAUUUUAAAAGUUCUUAUUUUAGUAUACAUGCAGAAUAUUCCAGUAUUACAACAAAAAACAUGUUAAGAAAGAUUAAGAUUUAAAAAAAAUGUUACAGCAUCACACUUAUAUUUUCAGAACAUUGUAAUGUUGCUUUACUAUGUGCUUCAAUCUCCGAAGCGAAAAAAAAACUUUGAAAUAAAUUCUCUUUUUAUAAAAUGAUA